AUGAAGGCAGCUGACCAGACAUUAGACGGAUCCCUCACCAAAAUCCUGCUCGACCUGAUUUUAGACAUAAAUGUGUCAGGUUCCACUCACCGCUCCGUCCAGAUGAGCGGCGAACAGCCUCCUCCGUACCGCCCUCAUUUCCCUGAGGGACCGCCGGCCCCCGGCUACCCUCCAGGUUCGUCUGCCACACCUGCAGCCUUCCCCGGUUCGCCAUACCAGACCUUCCCUCAGACCUACGCAGGUGGAGGAGACCACUCUUUCUACCAUGGGCCCCCAAUGCCACCGGGGCCACAGGGGCCACCUGGGCCCCCAGGGGCAUUCAUGACUCAGCCUGGGUUGCAAGGAUACCAAUGCGGUCCCCCGGGGGCCGCCUAUCACUGGGAAGGCGCGAAGCCGUACGGAGAGCCGCCAAAACAAACGGUGUUCGUGGUGGAGCAGAAGGAUCAAGGUGGUGGUGCUGAGGAGUCGUGUCUGGCGGCCUGUUCAGCUGCUCUGUGCUGCUGCUGCCUCUGGGACAUGUUGACCUCUCACUUCUGCUGACCUCUGACCUCUGACCUUCACCUUCAUUGAGUCUCCCAUCAAGCAGCGGAGCCGCCAUGACGACACCAACACUUGGAAUCUGAUUAUUAGAAUUAUGGGUGUAUCAAUAGAACUGAUAUGGCACCGCCAAUGUCCCCCAGUGGCCACUCGCAGUACUGCAACAAAAAAAUCACAGUAAAAGAGACGUCUGUAAAACCGUUGGCGCGACUCUUCCAACUGCAAACAAGAUCCAAUUUUAGUCUAUUUCCAAGUUUUGAUCCAUGGAAGUUUUAUAUUUGUAAAACUUCCCUAGAGCCUAGGAAAGUGA